CCAACUCAGGUCACGCGUGUUUCACGUGACCACGUAGCGUGUUGUUGAGACUUUUAGUUUUGUUGCCACUUGGCACUUAUACAACCAUCAUUUCACUGGCUCUUAAUCCGAGGCUUUCUCUCUCCGACACAUGGAGAAUACAGAAGACGACGUGUUCAAGCAAGCCCCUGUAAUCGUGGACUGUGACGUCCUAGAGGCUGCUAAAGAGAAUAUCCAGCCACUUGCAUCUGGUCGUCGGGUUACCACUCUUUCAGCUAUCCUGCAAACUCCUCACGCACAGCGGGAUGCCCAACUACUCGCAGCGCGUAAGCGCUUCCGUACGAACAUCCAAAUUGCACUCGAAGAUGAGGAUGAUGAUCCACUGGAAGCAUACUCGCGUUUUGUUCAAUGGACUCUCGAAAAUUACCCCCAAGGACAAAGCGCAGAGUCUGGACUCUUAGAGCUUCUGGAAGAGGCGACAAGGGUAUUAAAAGACAACCGAGAAGGACGAUGGAAAGGGACGUCGAUGUACCUGAAACUUUGGGUACUUUACGCGAGCUAUGUGGAGAAACCGACUAUCAUCUACAAAUUUUUGCUCGCAAAUGAUAUUGGAACCGAUCAUGCUCUACUGUACGAGGAACACGCGGCUGCACUUGAGAGAGCCGGACGGCGUAGCGAGGCAGAUGCUGCAUAUCUGCUUGGAAUUGCACGUCAGGCUUCCCCCCUUGAUAAACUUAAACGAAUGAUGACUGCAGCCACAAUACCUUCUCAGCCCGCCCCAAAUGCUCUCCCACGUAGAACAGCGUUGGGCGUGACUUCCUCGUCUUCUACCGCGGUACCUUCGUUCGCAUCUAUUUCCCAAACCCCUUCCUCGUCAUCACAAGCCGAUGCCAGUGGGUCUAGACGUAGGCCACGGCUAGGCACAAACGCUCGUCUCCAGAUUUUCGUGGACCCUUCUGGAGUAGAAUCAGCCGACACAACGGAUUCAGUCACACCUUAUCCUGAUAUCGGAACACGUAAAUCUCGGGUGAAAGAAAAUGUACCUGAGGUUAGCAAAGCAGCUGGUAGCACCUUAAAGCAGGCAGGUCGCACUCGACGAAUUGCGUCUGGGUCGAAUUCGGGAACAAUUGUAUCAAAGAUUGUGCCUUUCAGAGACCCCGGACCAGACAUGGACGUGGAAGAGAAGGUUGUGAUGGCUCCACCUCCCGUUCCCAUGGCCAGGCAGAAGGACGCAGCACCGAAGACUCCCACGAGGAUCAGCGCCAUCAUACCAUUCCAUGACGUCCCCGACGGCGGCAUUCCGUCCACUCCUCAAUUCACACCCUUUCGAGAUGAGCCUGAGAUAAACACGUCAGCUGCAACGCUUGCACCUGAGACGGUCAUGAAACCAAAAACUGUUGGGAGAGGACCUGUGAUUGGAUCUGAAGCAGAAGCGUUGAGAAAAGAUCCUCUGAAGAACUAUUCUACUGAAGAAUGUCCACUAGAUGAAUGAAUGAUCUUUCCCCUGCUAUUUAAUCUCUCUUUUCCUCUAGGCUAUCGUCGGUUAUGCUACAUUGUUGAUCUACAUUCAUUUUCCACUCCUACUUGGGUUUUGUCUCGAGUUUUGUAAAAGUACUCUUAGCAGAUCAUGACCCUGCUAGCACAUUCGUAAAACAAAGAUAAUUAAUCUCUA